AUGAUUGAGGAUUACUACCUUGUCAUCGCAUCGGCUUGGAGAAACGAAGCUCAUGCGGCAACUGGUGGGGUCGGGCUCAUGCUGAGCAGAGAGGCACAGAGGUCGUUAAUCAGUGUUAACCGGUCUUCUGAUGGAGUUAUCACUGCCUCUUUCCAAAGCAAUCCAGUCCUCACCACCAUAGUGGCCAACGCGCAACCUCUCCUAGCACGUGAUGAGGAGAAGAGAAAGUUCUAUGAUGGUCUAAGACGAGCGGUAGAGGCUGUUCCCCGGCAUCACAUCCUUGCCAUCAUUGGGGACUUCGAUGCCCGCCUGGGCAGGGAGACGUUCCUUUCACCUUUCAUCAGUGCCCUGCUGAUCCAAGUAACCUUGGGAGAAGAUCGUUUGAGAAACCAGGAGUGUACGGCAGUGGACUGUUAUCCAUGCAGAAAUAAAUCCAGCCCAGCAUACUUAUAA